CCGUGCUGAUUAUAUUCCAGUUUCCAUGACAACACUGAGACAUAAUUCUUUCACGUCAUUAAAUUUGUUCUUUGAAUUCCAGCUUGUCGAGACUUCAGUUGCCUCAAGCUAAACCACAAUGACCAGGGUUAAAACUUCGAUUAUCGUUGGUCGAUUUGUAUUCUUCGCUUUGAUGGUUACGCAGUGCUUUUUCUUGGCGUCAUAUCCAGCGUAUUACGAAGACGAAGACGCGUGGUAUGCAGUCAGUUUACUGUUCUUUCCUGCGGUGACGAUGUGGUGGUGUCUCAUUAGCAUUGAUGCAACGCUCUAUCAAGUUUAUAUUUUCUGGAUGUUGUAUAUUUGGCUUGGGAUAGUUCCUAUGAUUGGCAUCGUAUUUGGCAAAACUGGCAACAAAGUCGAAAAUCAAGGAUUUUGGAAUGCGAACACUUUGAAAAUGACUCUCUGUAUAACACCGCUUCUUCACUUCCUGAUACGUCACACCGGUAUAGCAACAACUGACAGUCACGUUCAUGUCACAGAACUCAGCGAGUGGUCUGCGAAAGCCAUAAUGAAUUUGUUCGAUGGAAUCGAACUAAUAGCAGUCGUCUUAGAUGAAAACGAGUGCAGCUAUGGAAUUUCCAGACAUUUCAUGAAUACGCUCAUUGCUUUUACUUGUAUAAGCUUCCUGUGGUGGCCAUUUGAUAUGCUAAUAUAUGAGUCUUAUGAUGACUCUGUGGUUCGUGUUCUUGAUUUUGUUCAAGUAUCUUUCGACACGAUUUUCCUUGGUCUCCGGUUGGGAUUAUGCCUGGGCUAUGGCAAAAAUACAUCUAUUUUCAUCAACAAAAAUAUCAUUAUCGUAUUUGUCUAUUCGCGUCGUACUUUCAACUUCUUCUUUGAGUCGCAAGACUCGAACAAUGGCUCUACAGCAAAUCAACAACAGGGCGAAUCCCGUUCGUCUUCGGCAUCCUCUACAGCACCUGUUGUUCCUGCAAAUACCUCUAGGAGUGGUCAUGCUCGUGUAUCCAGGUCGUCUAUAGCUCCCCUUCCCACUGCAUCAGCACCCUCAUAUGAAGACACACCACUUCCUCCGUAUGACGUUGAUUCACCACCCCCGUACACUACUGCUCCACCACCCCCGUAUAGUACAGUAUAGUACUGCACCGUUACCCCCGUGAAAUUCGGAAGGCAUACAUGUUUGAUCAUGUAAGUUGUCAAUGUCCUGUUUACGUGGAAUACAAACAAGACAUGUAUCUGCCUUGCUGUGGGCAUGUUUGCAAGAUUCCACUGAUGUCCCUCGGAUUAAAAUGUGAACACUUUUACAUGUCAUUAGCUAAUGAGAAAAAAGAUUUCCGUAUAGUAAUGUUAUGUCAGUUUUCUUGAAAGCAACGAUAUGGCAUUUAUUAUCUCAUUCCAUGACCGGUUUUAUAUAAAGAAAGAUAGUUCAAAAGCGGAUUCUAACAGCUUGCAUGAUCACAAGCGGUUUGAUAUGUGACAAGUUCAGCUUUUAAAUUAAGUAUUUUGUUUUUACACAAGGGGAGUAGACUGAGUGUGUUAUUGUUAAUGUCAUCCAUUUGUAAAUAACGAGACUUGCUACAACUGUAGAUAAGAACCUUUUUGUAAACGGCUGCCAAUAUACUAAAUUCCUUUGUAAGAAUUAAAAUUAGCCUUACUAACCUCGUUUUUAAGUUGAUAAUUCAAAAGGAUUUUUAAUCUCUACGAGCGAGGUUAGUGAUGCUAAUUUAAAUGCCCACAAAAGAAUUUUAAAUUGGCAAGCAUUCAUGUCUUAUUUCAGUGAUAAGGUGUUUCUUAUUUUGGCGGGCUUGUACCUAGAGAAAUUUAGCUAUAUAUUGCAUACUGGUUUUUGUAACUUUUAAUUUACUAUGACUAGUAGAGCGACUAAUUUUAUUGGAACUUUGUAGAAGUGACUGUGUUCAUGACUAUCUAUUGUAGCUAAGAGUUCUUACCCAGUUCAAAACUUCACUAACUAAAAAAACAACCCCUUCCCCAAAUUGCCCAGUCCAGUGGGCAGACGUGCAAUUUCCAUUGGCCAUGAAUGUGUGCCUUUCUAACAACACAGACAUUUCCGAAGUACAAUGGUAUUCCUGAGGUUUACAAACGGAUUGUUUGUUAUUCACUUACAUGCAAGCAUUUCGUCGACACGUAAACGACACAAGCGUAUGUAUUUUCCUAAACGUACAGCAAAAACGGAUACAUUAGUGAAGGCUGACAUCACGUCAAGUAACAUACACAUGCUCAAUAUCGGUCUCGUACCCAGACAUCUCGGAUUUAUGUGGACGAAAAUAAUUGUCUAGGUUUACAGGCGUAAACCGAUACUGCUGGACACAGCCUGUGUUAUCAUUUUGAUUGGACGUAAUAGUAAUUGGACCGAGCGGAGCACAGUUCAGGCAGUUGCGUGGGAGAAAUUUCAAAAUCGACCGAGCGCGCAGGGCAGGCCGCUGAUUCAAAAUUAUGGACGCGACUAUUCUGUAAAUUGUGCGAAAUGAGGUCAGUUUCUAAUUUGUUGUAUCGAAUAGUACUGUAGUAAUCAAAGAUAAGAGCAAUAAGUUCAGCAGGGCAUAGGGUAUUUUCUGGGAAAGCUGUUUGUUGAAGGGAGAGUAUAAAAACUAAUGAGAGAUGGAUGGGAAGCUAGUGAAAAUUUCCAGUCUCUAAGCAACAUGAGCCUGUUAAAAUCAUUCAUAACACAAGUUUUAUUUUAUGACAACGUAAUAAUUGUGAAAAACUGUAAAAGCCAGAAAACCUUGAAUUUUAAUGAACACCCAACCUAAAGUCGCACGAGAGUGUUUAGUGUAUCGAUGGCGAGGGACUGAGGUCGAGAGAGAAAAUUACUUACCAUUCUCCUCACGGCUACACCGCAGAAACAAAGCACUUGCGCGCGAAACCCAGCUACACAAGCCAGAGAAAUCAUGGCGUAUUUUCGUCUUUCCGGAAAACUGUUCCUAUGAAGGUUUCUCACCCACAACAUGACCAGCUCCCAGGUGGCCUGAUAACUUGGUUGGUAGAGCGGUCAUGAGAUCGAUUUUUUUUUCAAAAUCUAUUUUCGCAACUGCGGUCAGGUUGAUACGGAACUGCCAAUAAUCUCUGUUGUCUUGAAACCUUUAUCCCGCUGAUCAAAUAUAGCUAAAUAUAUGAUGUUUUAUAUAUUUACUUGCAUAUGAAAGGUUGUAAGGAACAGUGACAUAACCACAAUAUUUUGAGAAAUAUUUGACUCUUCGUGGAAAACGUGGGUUACAUCUACUUAAAGUUUAGGCUAGUAACCAGGGGAUUUAUAAUUUUGCUUAUUAUGACUUGCUCUUUACAGAUGCAAAAGUAUUUACCCAGUUUCUCAUGGUCUUAGAGGUAACAAUUAGUAAACGUCAUAAAGUACGGAAUGAAUAGCUGGUUUUCACAUGACGUCACUAAA